AUGUCAUGUCCUAACAACGUGGCUGCUGGUUCUUUCCUUAUGGAUCCUUUAGUGGGAGGACCCUCCGCCUACAGGGGUGAAGGCUAUUCUGCCAGCUCGGGGAUGUACGUACAGGCGGGUGCUGAGUAUGGCUGUUCGAUGAUGAGAAACUGUGGGAUUGUACCAUCACCUCUCUCCAAAAGAGACGAGCUUCCACCGACCACUUUGCCUAUCAGCACCUAUCAUCCACCUUUCCUGUCUCAGCUGGACACUUGGGGGACAGACCCCAAAGCUUCGUGCAGGAUCGAACAACCUGUUGCCCGUCCCUUGCCCUCCUGCUCCUUCCCAGCGAGCAAUGUCAAAGAGGAGGCGAUGUGUUGCCUCUACCGGGCUGACAUUGACAGGGGUAAGGAGACUACUGAACCGGCCACCUACACGCGACUCGGGGCCGACAGCAACCAUUGCGAUCAAGGGUCUUUGACUGAGCCCAGCUAUUUCCGAGAGAACCAGGUGUAUCCCGAGGAGAGGGCACAAGAUGGAAAUGAGUUCGCGACCGCUUUUGCGUCCGUUCCUAAAAUGACAGCUCCUGCCGACAAAACGGUUCCAGGAUCAUUACACGACACCGGCAAAUUCGAGCAGGACCCAGUAACUGAGGAAAUAAAGAACGAGGAUCACAACUCUACAAAAAGACAAUCAGAAAAAGAGGAGUCUUUCAACAAGACGGACAGUUAGGACUCGAAAGCUGAAAAGACGACAGGAAACUGGCUAACAGCGAAAAGUGGACGCAAGAAGAGGUGUCCGUACACAAAGCACCAGACACUGGAGCUGGAGAAGGAAUUCUUGUUUAACAUGUAUUUGACUCGUGAGCGCCGCCUGGAGAUCAGCAAGAGCAUCAACUUGACCGACAGGCAGGUCAAGAUUUGGUUCCAGAACCGGAGGAUGAAGCUCAAAAAGCUAAAUAGAGAGAGUCGCGUACGAGAGCUCACGUCGGGCUACAGCUACACCUGA